AUGGUGGUGGAUGCCCCUUGGAUGAAGCACUUCAUUCUCACCCAUGACCCAGAGAAAGGCAUCUACCAGUCCCCAUACAUCAUCCCAGGGAUCCAGGCAGUGACUCUGGGAGGCAUCUUUCAGCUGGGGAACUGGAGUGAGGUAAACAACAUCCAGGACCACAACACCAUCUGGGAAGGCUGCUGCAGACUGGAGCCCACCCUGAAGGAUGCAAAAAUUAUUGCUGAAUUGACUGGCCUCCGGCCAGUACGCCCCCAGAUUCGGCUAGAAAGAGAACAGCUUCGCUUUGGAUCUUUAAACACAGAGGUCAUCCACAACUAUGGCCAUGGAGGCUACGGGCUCACCAUCCACUGGGGCUGUGCCUUGGAGGCAGCCAAGCUCUUGGGGAAAAUCCUAGAAGAAAGGGAGUUGCUCAGGAUGCCGCCACCCCACCUCUGAAAACACCACCUCCCCAAGGACUCCCUGCUCCCCUCAGCCAACCAAUCAAUGCACCCCCCUCUAAGCUGUCACUCACUCUCCACUUCCACCCUGGCUCUUUUCUGCAAGAAGCACAAGAUGAGAGGGAAUCCAUAAGGUCCAUUCCUGGAGGCAAGUCUGGCCCUACCUGGGGCUCCCUUUGAUCACUGGGGUCUCUUUACCCACUCUGGGCCUGACAGAAUGAAGAACAGCUGGGGGCUGACUUAUUUUAAGUCCUCAGAAGAAAGGAAAGCUCAGAAAAUCAAAGGGGCAAGCAGAAAAUUGAGGAUAAUUGAGGUUAGGUAACUUGAGGACAAAUUACAUUAACAUAUUAAAGGUUCUGAAAAGUCCUGCAGCAAAGACAUCUAUUUGAUGUUCUCUCAUCCAGUCCUAAACUUAUUUGGCUAUGGAAACCUUUUUGCCCAGAGCACUGACGCCACAGAGUACACUUGAGGGAAGGCUGUGAUAGAUCUUGUUGCAGGAAGUCACAUGCAGAGCUGGACUGUGGGGAGGCCGAACAGGUAAGGCAUUGAACUAACAACAUGAUACCCGUUCCACAUCCAGGAUUCCCAACAGCAUCAGCAACCUGCUAAAUGGCCCCAUGAGCACCAGGUAACCUCUGAGGAGGGGUCGCCAGAGGAAUCAUCCCACAAGGAACCCCUUCAUAGAGAACUGAACUCACCAAGCAUAAUCCUUGUUGGGGCAAACUUAAUGUCUCUCUUCUUUUCUGGCUGGUACCCUCUGAGAUGAAAUGGACUUCUAGAUGUUUUUGAAAGCCUUAAAUGAACCUAGAGGGCACCUUAGCAUCUUUAUCCCUAAUUAUCUGCAUCAGGCUCUGAGGUGGAUUUUGCAUCUGUCUGGGUUUUUGAGAAAGACCAGAGCCUGGAGGAAGCCUUCAUGCAUCUGGGACCCGUGGCACCCUAAGUGCUGUGACGAGGUCUUGACCGGCCCACGCCAUGCCAUCUACAUCCACGCCAUCACUCUCUGCUCCUUCCCAUUCUGUGGCACCUGGUGGGGUCUUCAUGAAGCAUCUGCCAUGAUUUUGGCUGACACUGAGCUAAGUAGAGUGAGGGAGCCAAGAUCUAAGUUAGAGUUCCUAUCCUAAUCAUAAGAAUAAGAAUAAAUUAUUAAUUAUUAUUAUUAUACCUAAAAUUCAUUGCAUUCUAACUGGGCAUCGGUGCUCAACUCUUGCAUGCAUUACUCAUGUAAUGUGUAAUCACACACACCUGCACCCACGAAGUAGAUCUUAUUCCCAUUUCAUAGGUGAGCAAGGUACAGGGAGGGAGUUCUAGUCAACAGCUGGGAGGGGGUAGAAAGGAGAUCCAGGGCCAGGCAUUGGGUGAUUCCAGCACCUCACUUUCAACCAGUGCACAACAUCGAAUCCCAGGCUGGGGGUGGGGUGGGGUGGGUUGGGAAUUCAGCUAUGGAGAAAGCUGUUGAGCAUCUUCCUCAACUAUCUCUGCAGACACUUUAGAAGGAACUAGCUCUCUCCUCCUCAUAGCCUCAUUGGGUCAAGACUAGGGACUCGCACGAGAUUGGGUGGGGGUAUCUCCCUGUGCCUGGAGUGGAACACAGCAUUCAGUUUCUGACCAAAGUGAUGACUUUACCCAACCUAAAAUUCCCCAGGGAGAGCGACCCCUACCUGUUAAGGUUAGGUUGUCAGCAGGAACCCGAUAGAACUUAGAACACAAUGAACUCAGAAAAAUAUACGGGGCCAGGAAGUCCACAUUCACACCCUUCCUGUUCUUUUUGUAAAUGGGAAGAACCUCUUUGCAAUGUGGUUUCCUCUCAAUUCUGCCUAAAAUUCAGAGUAGAAGGAGCACGGGGAAAAUUCCACAACCCACACGGCACUGGAGGAGGUUUAGCAAUGCUUGAUUUCUUCACUUUCCCUUCGCCUAACAUUCCUGCUCCCUCCCUGAAGAUGAUCUGUAACCAAUUUUUCAAUGAAUUCUUGGCAGCUUGAUGAAUUUAGAUAGUAUUAUCUUUCCUCAUUGAAUUGUCUUGGCACUUUUGUCAAAAAUCAAUUGACCAUAAAUAUA